ACACAAAUUCGUUGACUAUACAUCAGUCGCUUAAUUACGCGUUUGAAAAAAGAUAUAUAGUAAAUGUGUAAUUUGUAUAUCUAUACAACUACGUUGUGGAAAAGAGAAACUUAAAUAAAAUAAACUGUAAAAUAUAUUUUUGACUUCGAUACCAAAUAUGGAUUAUACACCCGUCCCCACUGUCGUACCGGCCAAACCCUUUGACCCGACAGUAGAUAGUCAGUCAUUGCGUGCAGCUAUGAAAGGGAUGGGAACUGAUGAACAAGCAAUUAUUGACAUUUUAACGUCACGUUCGAAUGCUCAACGUCGGGAAAUAAAAGCGCACUUUGAAGCAGAAUUUGAUAGAGACUUGAUUGAAGAUUUAAAAAGUGAACUGGGUGGUAAUUUUGAAGAUGUAAUUUUAGCAUUAAUGACUCCGCCCGUUGAAUUUUUGUGUAAACAUUUACACAAUGCAAUGGCUGGUAUGGGUACGGAUGAGGAAACUCUUUUAGAAAUAUUAUGUACUAAAACAAAUGAAGAAAUACAGGAAAUAGUAAGUGUGUACGAAGCCAAAUACGAUCGACCACUUGCAGAACAAAUGUGUAGUGAAACUUCGGGACAUUUUAGACGCCUUUUGACUUUAAUAGUAACUGGUGUAAGAGAUGCAAAGGGUACCGUUGAUGCUGAAAAGGCCAAAGAACAAGCUGCGGAGUUAUACGCUGCAGGCGAGGCGAAAUUAGGAACUGAUGAAGAAGUUUUUAAUCGCAUUAUGGCUCAUGCUAGUUUUGAACAGUUGCGUCUCGUUUUCGAAGAAUACAAACAAUUAAGUGGACAAACUGUUGAACAAGCAAUAAAGCAUGAAAUGGAUGGAGAAUUGCACGAUGCAAUGAUGGCUUUAGUUGAGUGCGUUCAAUCGCCAGCUGCAUUUUUUGCAAAUCGUCUUUAUAAAGCUAUGGAUGGUGCUGGUACAGAUGACACUACGCUAAUACGGGUUAUAGUGUCACGAUCGGAAAUUGAUUUAGGUUCAAUAAAGGAUGAAUUUGAACGUAUUUAUAACCGUACAUUAUUUAGUGCUGUAACGGUAAGCUACUUACAUAUAUUUAUUUUUCCAAAAUAUUUUAUUUAAUCAGCAAUAAGUGCU